GGCCUACAUCUGCAGUGUUAGUGAGGACGCAGCAUGUUUUCCCAACACAAAGAUAUACGCAGUAGUUUAGCAGGUCAUGUGAUAAAUGCUGUAAAGGGUAAACAAAACAACGUGCACGACACCCAACAAUUUUUGUUUUCAUUUCACAGAAACAUUAUGCUAGUCAACUGGCUUUUUUCUUUUGUUGUGUUCAUACUAGUUAGUGGAACUGUGAUUCAAGGACAGAAGAACUAUUGCACUGUUUGCAGAGUGUUAGUUCGUGAAGUGGAGUGGUUAAUAAGCCAAGUUGAUCCCAAGAAAAGUAUUCAAGUAGGGAGCUUCAGAGUUGAUCCAAAUGGAAAUCAGAAAAUCAAAGAUAAACAGUAUGCAAGAUCUGAGUUGCAUUUGGAGGAAGUUGUUGAAUCUGUAUGUGAAAAAAUGAAUUAUUAUUCCUGGCUGGCAUUUGAUGAUGGUACAGGUCAAAUGGUUCGAACCACAGGAUUUGAUGGCAAGCAACUGGAUAAGAAAAACUUAAACCUUGACAGUGAAAAGGGAAAAACUCUGAAGUAUCAGUGUGAUGACUUUUUAGAGAAUCACGAGGAGGAACUGAUUUCAUUGUUUCAGUUAGAAAAUGUUUCUGAUUAUGAAAAACUGAUUUGCAGUGAAAAACUAGAGGUUUGCACAAAGGCAGAAGUUCAGGUGCCACCAUUUACUCUACCUGAAUUGGCUGACACACCUGAAAAUAAUGAUGAUAUGGAAGUUCUUGGGGGUGUAACACCUGAUGAUGAUGAUGAUGAUGUGGAUGUAGAUGCAGAUGAAAAUGAUGUAAAUGAUGAGUUAUGAAAAAAAAAAGUUUUGUUUGAUUUUAUUACUGUUGUUAUUUUCUAGUUGUUCAAAUGUGUUGCUAACUUGGAAAGAAUGUGUUGAUAUGGUUUGAAGUGAAUUGUACACCUAAAAGUUGGGUGGGGUGUAAAAUAACUGGAUGAAAGUUGUAAUCAUUAUAAUAUACAUCAAAACUUACACCUUUUCCAUUUCGCCUUAUGUUCAAAUAAAACCUUUUUAAGCAAG